AUGACCAUCAAGUGUGCGUACAGGCGCAACUGCCGCUUUCUCGACAACGACAACUACCAGGACUGGCUCCGCGCCCUCCACAAUCCCCGGCAGCGCGCCUGGCUGGAGAGCAACCAGGAGAAGCUCCAUAUGAAGUACUACUUUGACUCCCUGGGCUUCUUCGAAACGCUGGACGGGAACAGAGCCGUCAUUUCAAUUAUGCAGGGCGCGAGUGAUGCAGGCGGUCGGACUGGGCCGUGCAGUCUUGGGUCGGCGGACUAUACCCGUGCGCGGGUCGAUCCUGUGUCUCACGUGCAUGACGACGACUCCACAGUGCUCUGUGCAGUGGGUUCAGCGUCCAGCCCCGCCGUAACUGGUCCCCCCCGAUUGCCUCACGUAUUGCCUCAGCACUCCUCCAAUGCACCAGCCGAUGAAUCGUCUUGCAAACCCAUGCACCAAGCGAAGCAACGGCUGGUAGCUUACCGCCGUCUGGUGCCUGAUUUGACUCCCAACAAGUCUCAUAGCAAUGCUGUUCUCAAAUGGUGCAAGGAUGUGGUGGUAGGCAAGGAGGUGGCCGGCGACGAGCUGGCGUCCGCGAGUCUCAACAUGGAGCCGCAUGUCCUUCAGGACCUCCGCGUGAUUCUUGCUGAAGCUGGAGACCACGACUCUGGAAUAUCUUGGGUGAGCCUGUGGCUGAAAUGGGGCGAGCCCUUCACCGAUUCCAGGAGCGUCGCCCCCGGCAAGAACGCGCAGAAGCGGGCCGAAAACACGCUGUGGUACUUCGGGCGAGCACCGCCAAGCUUGUUGUCGUGA